GUCGGUCACAGCCUUUCGUUGGGGUUUGCCGACUUCCAGCCUGAGGGGACUUCACUGUCAGCCCAGCCACCAGCUUCACAAGCCUCCAUUACCAUUCGAUCUCUACAAACCACACAAACCAAAGAACAACAAACAUGGCACCUUUUGAGAAAUCCAUGGAGAUGAUGCCCUUCAAGCAGAGGAGAUGCCUCGCGACAAGAAGAGAUGAAGUAUGCAGCAUUCGGUCUAAAUUCCCCAACAAGUUACCUGUGAUUGUUGAACGUUUCAUCCAGGAAAAGACUCUCCCUUUGUUGGACAAAACAAAGUUCCUGGUUCCCUUUGAGCUGACCUUGGGUCAGUUCCUCUGCCUGCUCAGGAGUAAAAUCAGCUUGGAAUCCACCGAGGCUCUGUUCCUCCUGGUGGCAGAGAAGAGCAUGUCCUGCAUGUCCUCCAGCAUGGGAGAGGUGUAUUCCCUCUACAGAGACACAGACGGUUUCCUCUACAUCACCUAUGCUUCACAGGAGAUGUUUGGAGCGCCAGUUUGCCCUGCUGAACCUGAAACACAUAUAACAAACUGAACCCAGACCUAACCGAGCCAAGCCAAGCCAAGACCGUUUUGUCCAGCUAACUGCAUCUCUGACUACCUCUUGAACCUUGAUGGUGUUUUGAGCGCAAUGCAAAUUUACAACAGUCCCAUCACAACAAACCAAAAAUACACUUAUGUGGAUUAAAAAUAAUCCUGACUAAGUUAAAUUAUCUCUGAACAUUUUACUGUUGCUUGAGCUUUGGUGCAAACAUACCAAUUUGGACAUAAUUGCACUGCCACGUCAGGUUAAAAACCAAUCACCACCUUCUCCACUCUACAAAAACAGAGUCAGUGACUCCUUUUUAGCACUUAUCUCUCCCCUCAUCCCCCCGUAUCUCUGAUCGCCUCGUCAUCAUCCUCGCCCUCUCUUAAAAAUGUGAAUUUGAGCUCUGGAUGCUCACAGAUGAUCACGGGGACUUUUGAGGCUGUCGUUGCUGCUGUGAUGUGUUCCAUCCCCAGGUUUUCCAAGAAAAUGAAUAAAUGACUUCUUGUCCUUUUAAUUAA